GCGGCUCGGGCUGGGCUGGGCGGGCGGCGGGACUUCCGUGUUGGCGGGCUUCUGAACGGCUGCCAUGGCUCAGAGCGUGCAGAACGUUACCUUGUCCCUCACGCUGCCCAUCACGUGCCACAUUUGCUUAGGGAAGGUACGUCAGCCUGUCAUAUGCAUCAACAACCAUGUGUUUUGUUCGGUUUGCAUCGAUUUGUGGUUGAAAAAUAAUAGCCAGUGUCCAGCUUGCAGAGUUCCCAUCACUCCUGAAAAUCCUUGCAAAGAGAUUAUCGGAGGAACAAGUGAAAGUGAACCUAUGUUAAGCCAUACAGUCAGGAAGCAUCUUCGGAAAACUAGACUUGAGUUGCUUCACAAAGAAUAUGAGGAUGAAAUAGAUUGUCUUCAGAAAGAAGUAGAAGAACUUAAGAGUAAAAAUCUCAGCUUGGAGGAACAGAUCAAGACAAUUCUAGAUCCUUUAACCUUAAUGCAAGGCAACCAAAAUGAAGAUAAAAGUCCAGUUGCAGAUAAUCCAAAUAAAAUUGAUCCAGAAACUGUAGCAGAAUGGAAGAAAAAGCUUAGAACAGCUAAUGAAAUCUAUGAAAAGGUGAAAGAUGACGUGGAUAAGUUAAAGGAGGCAAAUAAAAAAUUGAAAUUGGAAAAUGGUGGCCUGGUGAGGGAGAAUUUACGACUGAAGGCUGAAGUUGAUAACAGAUCACCCCAGAAGUUUGGAAGGUUCACCGUGGCUGCUCUUCAGUCCAAAGUAGAGCAAUACGAACGGGAAACCAAUCGCCUCAAGAAAGCCCUGGAACGAAGUGAUAAGUACAUAGAGGAACUGGAAUCUCAAAUUGCCCAACUGAAAAGUUCCAGUGAGGAGAAGGAAGCUCUGAGCUCCAUUUGCCAGAGAGCACUUUCUGCAGACAGCUUGGCGAACAAAGGCAGUGAGGAGGAGCUGGCAGCAAGCCGCCAAGGCGAUGGGGCCAGAAAGCAGCUUGGCUCCUCCACCCCGAGCUCUCACCUGGCCAAGCCUUCCAGCAGUUCCUCCAGGCCAGAAAGCACCAGUAAAACAGAACCCAGUUGUCUUACAAACAAAGACCUGUACCAAAAACAGGUGGAGAUCAUGUUAAACGUGACAGAUACGAGUAUGGAUACUUACUUGGAAAGUGACUGGAAUAAUAAGCCCACUGACUGUGUACCCUACAAAGAUGAAGAACUCUAUGACCUUCCAGCUCCUUGCACGCAUUUGUCCCUUAGUUGCCUUCAGCUCAAUACGCCAGAAAACCGAGAGAAUGCAGCGGUCAAAGCAGGAGGCUCCAAAAAGCAUUCAAACCACCUCAGAAAACUGGUGUUCGAUGAUUUCUGUGAUUCUCCAAGUACUGGUGCUAAAGAUUCUUCGGAAGAUGACAGGAGUGAAAAUGAAAAGAAGUCUGAGUGUUUUACUUCCCCAAAGGCAUUUUGGGAUUGUUGUACCACAAGCUAUGCCCAAAGCUUGGAUUUUGAGAGUUCAGAGGGAAACACGAUAGCCACUUCAGUGGGAGAAAUCUCCUCUAAAUUGAGUGAGAAGCCAGGCUCUUGCUUAUCUAAGAGGUUGAAUUCUAUUCGCUCUUUUGAAAUGAAUCGGACAAGAACGUCCAGUGAAGCAUCCAUGGAUGCUGCUUACCUGGACAAAAUCUCUGAACUGGAUUCAAUGAUGUCAGAGUCGGACAACAGCAAGAGUCCUUGUAAUAACGGUUUUAAGUCAGUGGAUUUGGAUGGGUUGUCAAAGUCAUCUCAGAGUAGCACUGAGUUUCUUGAGGAACCUGAAAAGUUGGACGAAAGAACUAAGCCAAACCUUUCCAAAGGUUCCCUGACUGCAGAUCAGCUGGACAAUGGAAAUGAGUGGAAAUCCACUUCAUUUUUCCUGCUCUCCCCCUCUGACCAGGAAAUGAACGAAGAUUUUUCACUCCACCCCAACUCUAACUCUGGAACUAAUGAAAUCAAACCCCCAAGUUGUUUGUUUCAGACUGAGUUUUCCCAGGGUGUUUUGUUAAGUAGUUCACAUCGGCUGUUUGAAGAUCAGAGGUUUGGGUCAUCUUUAUUUAAGAUGUCCUCGGAGAUGCCUGGUCUGCAUAACCAGCUUCAAUCUCCUUGGUCCACAUCCUUUGUGCCUGAGAAGAGAAAUAAAAACGUGAAUCAGUCAACAAAACGAAAAAUCCAGAGCAGCCUUUCGAAUGCCAGUCCAUCAAAAGCAACUAAAAGUUGACUCUGUAGGAAAGUGCCAUUUCAGUCUCUGUUCUAAAAGGAAUAUGUUGCUAAAGGGU